AUGUCGAAAUUCGACCCAUACCAGCACCUCAGUAUACGUCCCAACCCAGACGGUACCAUCACUCGCUUAACCAACUUCCCCAGCACCGAAGCCAACCCCGACAUAAUUCCAGGUAUCCCCACUGUUUCUAAAGAUGUCACCGUCAACGAAGAAACAAAGGUCUGGGCACGCAUUUUCCGCCCCAAUAAAUUGCCAUCUAAUGACAACACUGUUGUACGAUUACCCAUCGUUUUCUACUUCCAUGGUGGUGGCUUCACUUUAUUCAGCGUUUCCAAUAUCACAACUCAUCAACCUUGCUCUACCAUUGCCAGUGAAACACCCGCCAUUGUCGUAGCAGUGGAGCAUCGUCUUGCCCCCGAGCACAGGCUCCCGACGCAGUAUGAAGAUGCCAUUGACACGAUCCUGUGGGUGAAGAAACAGGUUUUGGACCCUCAAGGAGAAAGAUGGCUAAGAGAUUACGGGGAUUUCACAAGAUGUUACCUUGGUGGGCGUGGCAGCGGUGGCAAUAUUGCGUUUCAUGCUGCUAUAAAAGCUGCAGAUCGUGAUAUAAAGCCUUUAAAUAUUAAUGGUAUAUUUUUAAACCAACCAAUGUUUGGGGGGAAAGAAAGACUGCCAUCAGAGUUGAAAUAUGCAACGGAUCAGUUGAUACCAUUGCCUGUACUUGAUCUCUUGUGGGAGUUAGCAUUGCCUAAGGCAACAGACCGUGACCACCGAUAUUGUAAUCCAAUGCAGGAUGCAGUGUACAAGAGUAAGGUCAGUUCGUUAGGGCGGUGUUUGGUGAUUUCAUUCGACAUGGAUCCAAUGUUUGAUAGGGUGCAAGCAUUCGUGCAAAUGUUGGUGGCUGAAAAGGUUCAAGUUGAUGCACGUUUCGAUAUUGUCGGCUUCCAUAACAUCGAUAUCGUGGAUACACAAAGAGCUCAGGCCAUUUUGAAUAUUAUUAAGGAAUUUAUCAUUUGA